CGUCACGCCCCUUUGGCAGCCAGGACAGGAAAAGCAGGGGGAGUGGAGGGGGAAGCCGGGUGAGCUUUAAAUACCAGCCAGAUGGGGCUGGCAAUUGUAGGCUGCCCUGGCAGGAGACGCCUAAAGAGCUGCAGAGAACAGCGAGGACACAACUGUGACCCUUCUUCUCUGAUUUUUAAAAAAAUGGGCUCAGCUAAGAUGUGUGGACUCCUGACAGCCAGCUUCCUCCUCCUCACUCUGCUGGGUUACACGGAAGCCUGCUCCUGUGCUCCCAGACACCCCCAGACUGCAUACUGCACGGCUGAUAUUGUGAUCAAGGGAAAAUUUAUGAGUGUCUCCAAGAAACCUCUCAACAUCUCCAUGGGAGAACCUAUGUGGACCUUGGUCUACGAGUUCAAAACCAACAAGAUUUACAAGGCCCCCAAAGGGAUGCAAGAUGUUCGCUUCCUCCACACCCCUGCCAUGGAAAGUCUCUGUGGAUAUGAACACAAGGCCCCUAUGAAUGGAGAAGACUAUGUAGUUGCAGGGAUGCUGGAAGGUGACGAUGUGAUGAUUACAUCCUGCUCCUUUAUCCAGCCGUGGGCUCAGCUGUCUCCUGCACAGAGGCGAGGCCUGAGUCUGACGUACAGGAAAGGCUGCAACUGCACGAUCAUGCCCUGUACCUCGGUGCCCUUUGAAAUCUCCUCCAACUCUCAGUGCCUGUGGACAGAUGGGUUAGAGUCUCGGGUAUGGGAUGGCCCGCAAGCCAAACGCAUGGCUUGCCUGCCUCGGCUUAACACUACUGAUGCCUGCUCCUGGAAAGUUCUCGUCACCCAAGGGCCCGGGAACCUUCGACGCAGCCUCCUGAAGCAGUGACAACCCCAAGGACGCUAAUGGGGUUAGAGUACUCCCGAUGUAUAUGGCUCACCUACCCUGCUUUCUGGGUCCUUAUUUUUAAAUAAAUCACUUCCAGGUCA